GAUGACAAUGAAAUACUUUGGAGGUGUUGAAGGGGGUGCUACACAUUCACGCUUAGUCAUCUGUGAUGAGAAGGGUGAAUGCUGUGCGACAACAACCGGUCUGGGUACCAAUCAUUGGCACAUUGGUAAGGCUGAAUGUGCUCGUCGCAUUGCCGAUAUGGUGGAACGUGCCAAAGCUGAUGCAGGCAUACCGCAGGAGACACGUUUAACAAGUUUAGGUUUAAGUUUAAGCGGCUGUGAGGAUGAAGCUACCAAUCGAGAAUUGGAAAAAGAAUUACGUACAGCAUUUCCAAAUUUAUCGGAUAAUUAUACGGUAACAAGUGAUACAGUUGGUAGUAUUUGUACGGCUUCGCCAAUUGGUGGUAUGGUUGUUAUAUCCGGCACUGGAUCGAAUGCUUUAUUGAGAAAUCCCGAUGGUACAUCGUACAAUUGUGGCGGUUGGGGUCAUUUUAUGGGCGAUGAAGGAAGUGCUUGGUACAUAUCUCAUCGUGCUGUGAAAAUGGUAUUUGAUGAUAUGGAUAAUUUCCGUAAAUCACCCUACCCGAUCGAACACAUUUGGAAGCUAAUUAAGGAUCAUUUCAACGUGCAGAGUCGCCAUGAAAUUCUAUCGCAUUGUUAUGCCAAAUUCGAUAAACCAUUUUACGCAAGCCUAUGUAAGAAGCUAUCACAUGCCGCCGAACAAGGUGAUGAAUUGGCGAAAUUUGUAUUCCAUGAAGCUGGUAGCCAUCUGGCACGUAGUAUACAAGCACUAUUGCCGCAUGUUCACGAAGAUUUAGUGAAGACGGGAGAUUUAAAUAUUGCCUGUGUCGGUUCGGUGUGGCUAAGUUGGACUCUACUAAAAUCCGGUUUCACUGAAACACUGAGCAAAGAGAAUAUACCAUUUGGUUUAAAAUUGAUACGCAUUACCAAAAGUAUGGCGUAUGGUGCAUGUUACCUCGGUGUUGAUGGUAUUGGUUAUCCUUUGCCUCGCAACUAUUCCGAUAAUUUUGAAAUAAUGUAUUGCUAUAAGAAUCUAUAUACCAAUGGUAAUAUUAAUGGUAAUAGUGCUACUACAAAUGGUUGUUCUUUAAAAGAAUAG